AUGGCUGUAGAGGAAGGAACUCGUUUUGGCCUGGAAGAGCUCACUGCGAAACUGCAUAAGUUGUCAGUUGAUCUUAACAAGCGAUAUGUCAAGGUAUCUGAAGUGCUAGAAAAAGCAUUUAAAGCGAUUCCAGAGACUGCAACCCGGCGACAGGUAGUUGAAUACAUCGCUCAGACUCUAGCUUCGCUCACAAGCACACAUCCAGAUUACUCAGUGUUGGCAGCUCGGUUGGAGAUUGAUGAACUUCACCAGAAGAUGAAGGGAAUAACUUUUACACAUAAUUUGGGUCUAUUAAGGACAACAAGCCGUGUCGAUUGGGUUGAACAACUGAAUGAUUCUCAAGAUCAGAAAAGGCGGAAGCCUAAUAGGAGCCCCCGCAAAGGCAUAAUAUCGCAGGAGUUUCAUGAUCUAGCGGUCCUGCACGAGGAACGGCUCAAUAGCGCUAUUGUGCAGGAAAGAGACUUCCAUUUUACUUACUUUGGCUGGAAGACACUUUGUCAAUCGUAUCUCCUGAAAAGGAACGCUGUAGAGGUGCAUGAAACACCGCAAUUUCUGUUCAUGAGGGUCGCUUUGGCUAUCCAUGGGCCAUACGGUGAUAUUGACUCCGUCCUGGAGACAUACGAACUAAUGUCGAAACAUUAUUUCAUCCAUGCCUCACCGACACUGUUCAAUGCUGGUACAGUGAACCAGUACCUUUCCUCAUGCUUUCUUCUCGGAAUGAUGGAGGACUCUAUCGAUGGAAUAUUCAAAACGCUCCACAAGACGGCUCUCAUUUCGAAGGCUUCAGGAGGGAUAGGACUUCACGUCUCGAACAUACGAUCAUGUGGAGCACUCAUCUCAGGCAGCAACGGAAUAUCAAGCGGCUUGGUUCCAAUGCUUCGUGUGUUUAAUAACACUGCAAGGUAUGUAGAUCAGGGCGGUAACAAGAGGCCUGGUGCUUAUUGCAUAUACCUUGAACCUUGGCAUGCUGAUAUUUUUGAGUUCCUACAACUACGAAAGAACCACGGUAAAGAAGAGUUGAGAGCGAGAGACCUGUUUUUUGCUCUUUGGAUACCAGACCUUUUCAUGAGAAGGGUCGAAACAAACGGGAAAUGGUCAUUAUUCAGCCCUGAUGAGGCUCCAGGGUUGACUGACGUCUAUGGCGAAGAAUUUGACAGAUUGUACGAGCACUAUGAGAAGACUACUUCUCCAAUGCAGCAGGUUGAAGCUCAAAAGCUAUGGUCCGAGAUAUUGCAAAGCCAGACUGAAACGGGAGGACCUUUUAUGCUUUAUAAAGAUUCGUGCAACAAGAAGUCUAACCAGAAAAACCUGGGAACCAUCAAGUCAUCGAACCUCUGCUGUGAGAUUGUCGAAUAUACUUCAGCAAAGGAAACUGCUGUUUGUAACCUAGCCUCUGUCGCUCUGCCUGCUUUUGUUCAGCAGAUUGAAGGCAAAGGAAGCUUGUUUGAUUUUAAAGGUUUACAUUCCGUUGUCAAAGUGAUAACGAGAAACCUGGAUCGUUUGAUUGACGUUUGUGACUAUCCAGUGGAGGAGGCGCGAUAUAGCAAUGAAAAGAAUAGGCCACAGGCUAUUGGUGUACAAGGCCUAGCAGACGUAUUUUUUUUGUUAAAGAUUCCCUUCGAAACUGAAGAGGCAAGCAUACUUAACAAGCAAAUAUUCGAAACCAUAUACCAUGCCGCCAUUGAGGCUUCUGUUGAACUUGCCGAGAAGUUUGGUCAUUAUAAGAGUUUCCCAGGAUCUCCAGCAAGUCAGGGCCUCCUUCAGUUUGAUUUCUGGAAAUCAGCGGUAGGUGACGAAGAGUAUUUAUACAACGAUUGGGACCAGUUGAAGGAUAGAAUUACGACAAAAACAGGGCUUAGGAACUCUCUAUUGGUUGCGCCUAUGCCUACCGCCUCAACCUCUCAAAUUUUAGGGUACACAGAAUCAUUUGAGCCAUUGACUUCGAAUAUAUACACCAGAAGAGUGUUGAGCGGGGAAUACAUUAAUGUGAAUAGAUAUAUGGUGGAGCAUUUCUGCCGGCUGGGGAUAUGGGAUGAAAAGCUUAAGAACAGGAUUAUCAUGGAUAAUGGCUCGGUGCAGAACAUUGAUGGAUUGCCAGAUGAGAUCAAGAAACUUUAUAAAACAGUAUGGGAAGUGCCGCAAAGAAGACUGAUAGAUAUGGCUCGAGAAAGGUCUCCGUUCAUAGAUCAAUCACAGAGUUUGAAUCUUUAUCUGCAGACACCCACGAUGGGCAAAUUGACGGGAAUGCAUUUUUACGCUUGGAGGCUGGGCCUUAAAACGGGCAUGUACUACCUGAGAACACAAGCUGCAUCUGCAGCGAUUCAAUUUACAAUUAACAGCGACAACACAUUGAUGACGGCAGUGAAGCUUGCAAAUGAUUACCUGUUGGAAAACGAACCAAUAUUGGGGAGAUAUCCGAAGAACAGUCGUAAAGAAUUGCACAUUGACUUUUUCGACAAGAAUGGCGUUUCAAUCGAAGAGCUUGAGGAAGGAUCACUGCGUAAAGCAUCGACAGAUGAAGACGUUUUUGGUAUACAUGACAUGACUCCUGUAAGUUGCAAUAUCAAGGAUAGCGAGCUUUGCGAAAGUUGUUCCGGUUAA